AUGGCGGACUCGGUGUCGACUGGCGCAGGAGAGGAGAAAGACACGGAGAAAGACGACAAGGAGAGGGAGCGGAGGGAUUUCAAAGUGGAUGGGAACAGGGAGGGGGACGGGGUGGCGGAAACUUUGGGUUUCGGCGAUAAAAACGGCGGCAGCAGGAGCAAGAAACGCCAGCUCUCCGACCUGUCUCUAGUCAGGUUUAUAAGUGCUGAGCUUACCAGAGGCUACUUCCUGGAACACAACGAGGCCAAAUACACAGAACGUCGGGAGAGGGUCUACACCUGCCUCCGUAUCCCCAAAGAGCUGGAGAAGUUGAUGACAUUUGGCUUCUUCCUGUGUCUGGAUGCCUUUCUCCACGUGUUCACGCUUCUUCCCCUCAGAGUGCUGCUGGCAUUGUUACGAUUUCUCACACUGCCAUGCUGUGGCCUUAGUGGCUCCCGUCUGCUCCAGCCAGCCCAGGUGUGUGAUGUGCUGAAGGGUCUCAUCAUGGUGCUAUGUUACUCCAUGAUGAGCUAUGUAGACUACUCCAUGAUGUAUCACCUCAUCAGAGGACAGUCUGUCAUCAAGCUCUAUAUCAUCUACAAUAUGCUAGAGGUGGCGGACCGCCUAUUCUCAUCAUUUGGGCAGGAUAUCCUGGAUGCUCUGUACUGGACAGCCACAGAGCCUAAGGAGAAGAAAAGAGCACAUAUAGGAGUGAUUCCUCACUUCCUUAUGGCUGUGCUCUAUGUCUUUCUCCAUUCCAUCCUCAUCAUGGUUCAGGCCACUACUCUGAACGUAGCCUUCAACUCCCAUAACAAGUCCCUGCUCACCAUCAUGAUGUCAAACAACUUUGUGGAGAUCAAAGGAAGCGUGUUCAAGAAGUUUGAGAAGAACAACCUGUUCCAGAUGUCCAACAGCGACAUAAAAGAGAGGUUCACCAACUACAUCCUCCUACUCAUCGUGUGUCUGAGAAAUAUGGAGCAGUUCUCGUGGAACCCUGACCACUUGUGGGUGCUGUUUCCCGAUGUUAUCAUGGUGAUGGCCUCUGAAGUCGCUGUGGAUGUUGUCAAGCACGCCUUCAUCACAAAAUUCAAUGACAUUAGUGCUGAUGUUUACGGGGAGUACCGAGCUAGCCUUGCCUUCGAUCUAGUCAGCAGCCGACAGAAAAAUGCUUACACAGACUACAGUGACUCAGUGUCCAGAAGGAUGGGUUUCAUCCCCCUCCCCCUAGCUCUACUGUUGAUCAGAGUGGUGACCAGCUCGGUGAAGAUCCAGGGCUCACUCUCCUUUAUGUGUGUGCUGCUGUUCUACUUGGGGAUAAUAACGCUGAAGGUAUUGAAUAGCAUCAUACUGUUGGGGACAUCGUGUGUGUUUGUCAAAGAGGCCAACAUGGAGCAAAAGCUCUUUGACCCUCCGCCCUCUGCCGCCUCCAGUCGUGCCAACUCCAGAACGCACCGCACAAAACACAUUCCCACUUCUCUGCCACAAGAACAAGUAACAGACAAAGCAGGGGUGUCAUCGACAACGGCUGUCUUUCAGCCCGCCCAUAUUCCAGAGAGCCCCGCCCCCACACUGCCCACAAGUGACUCGGACACAUUCCUGACAACGCCCGACGACGAGGAUGACAGCAAAAUUAUCAACACUGACACAGGGAUGGAAGGAGAUGGUCUUAAACACAGGACACCCAAGAAAGACCUGUUGGAGAUCGAUCGCUUCACAAUCUGCGGCAAUCGUAUAGACUGAUGCCUUUGUAACACGCCCAGGCGACAUGAGAAGGUUCAGGGAUCAGAUGGGGGAGUGGGGGUCAUGAGGCACACUCAGACAGGACUCAUUCUGGUGCAGUCGUCCUCUGGAGUAUUUAUUGAUUAUUUAUUGCUAACUAAACUACCGAAGGCCUACAGCCAUUUUAGGCGUGUCACAAGGCCAUAUCAGUCUUCGUCAGACGGAAUGCCUGCACCUUCCACCAGAAUCCCCCGUCUCGUCAGUCAUGGUCGUCAUGGCAACCCUGAGACGAUUGAAACUGAUGAUAUGAGGGGAGAGAAGUUCUGUACAACCACAGAUGGUCAAAUCUAUCCUCGCUGCAGCACAGUAUGCGAGGAUGUAAAAACCGGUUCCCAUGUGAUUAUUGGAAAUGUACAGCUGGACUGUGCGAGGAAGCGCCCAAAAGCACAAUCAUAACGUUGGCUGAGCACUGAGCGCGAUUUUUUUUUUCCCCCUUUGGAUUUUCUCACUCAGAACAAGUUAUAAGUUUUUUAUGUUUUUUCAAAAGGUGAAAAAUUUUAAAUAUUUGAAAUGUUUUUUGUUUUUUUUACGAUUUAUGAAUCUCUGCUUUUUCUAUGACUGGUCAUGUUCAGCCGCCAGACUAAGUCUCACAGGUUUGAAGCCCAGUCUAUAAAGUUUUACUGCAAAAACACCUACAUGUACGUUUUUCACCACUUUGAUCUAAAACGAGUGGCUUUGAUGUGCAGAAGCUGUGUUUGGUCAAGGUCGCAACAGUUUGAUCAAAGGAAUAGAGUGACACUUAGUUACUCAAGAAUGACUGUUGACACCAUAUUUGGCUCUUAUGGUUAGCUCACGAUGUAGAUGCUGUUUUAAAGGAAACUUUUAACGUUUGAAGGAUUUAGUGUAAUGCCAUUGGGUGAUGAUGUUACUUUGAAGCACUGCUAUAAGACCAUGCCUAUUUCUAAAGACACUAGUGUUUAUUUUGAGGUGGAUUCCAUGCCAGAUUAAUUUGGCGAUUUUUUUUGUUUUUUUUGUUUUUUUUCCCAUCUUGAAGUGAUGUUUUGGAUAAGCUUCUUACCAAUAUGCUUCAUGUAUAUCCUCCUUCCUCAAGCAUGUAGCCUACAGAUAAUCAUGAUCACACCAUAGACACGCAUCUUAUUUGUUGUUAUGAUGGAACCUGUUGUCUACAGUGUUUUGUAAGGGUAUCAUGAUGCUAAGCUUAACUUAAGUUUAGAUCCUUGUAGCUCAACAUUGAUACACCAGCGUCACUUUACCACGUGUCCUACGUACAUCUUUACCAUUCCGUACAGAAGCCUAGUGAUUAAAACCCGUGAUCAAAUUUUGAUAAAAGAAUAGAUGCCAUCAGCACUAUUUAAAAGUGAGAUUAAAAGAUUCAGUUGUGAGUUAAAGCAUCUUGCCUCAAAAAAAUAAAAAUCAAACUGACGAGCGAAGAUACAGCUGCUCUAGAUAACCAAACUUGCAUCACAAGCAACACGGUGGACUGAAGAACAAUUAUGUCCUAUGGGACUUGAACCUAGUUUUUUGGCACUUACAUGUGUUGUUGCCUCCUGACUAGAUCCUUGUUUGCUUGUGUUGUGUUAACUCUCAGAUGUAUGUCGCUUUGGAUAAAAGUGUCUACUAAUUGACAUUGUAACAUAAUUUGCAAGAUCCGUAUUAUAGCCAAGGAAACAAGAGUCCACAAAAAUUAUGCACUGUGAACACAACAAUGUAAGUAGAACUUCAGGUUUCAAGGUGUAGCCUGACCUUGUCUUUUGAGAGGUUGCUGUCAUUCUACUAGGGAGCUAGAAAAUAUCUGUCUGGGGAACCUGGUAAGUUCUCGUGCACAGUAUUUAACUGCUGGCAUUGAUUUUUGUAAAAGAAGAAAAAAAAAGGUAACCAAAUGUAUCCACCCAUCUUAGCCAUGUUAAAGGCAGGAUGUGCCAUUUAGCCGGCUGAUGACUAUACAGCUCUUAAGCUAUUUGUUUUCAGUCAACCUCAGUGGCCCAGAAGGUGUGGUCCCAAUCGAUUGGUCAGCAGCCAAGUCCAACCCUACUGUCUGUGAGAAGUCACAAGGACGAAUUCCAUCCAAAAAUAAGCUAGGGCUCAAGACUGUGGGUGUAUCAAACUGUGUAUGUCAUAAUAAAUCUGAAGUUUGAAUGAGCCAGAUUUUUUAUACAUAUUGCUCAAUUUGAAUCCUAUUUUUUCAUGUACAACCCAUCUGCAUAAGGCAUCUUGUACUCGGAAGGAGAA